ACGAAUUGUUGAUACACUAUCAGCUGAUCCGGCGCAGUUCGCCAUGGUAGCGCAACCGGAGCGCAUGCGCACAGCGCUUACCCGCCACAGUACUUCGUUAUGCUGUCGAAGGUGUAGUCCUUAAAGUUUACCAUCAGAAUAAAAAAAUGUGCUCGACUCGUAAGUUUGUUAGAGUGACGAAAUUUUUGUUGGCUGGCGUGUCGAUAUUCUGUGUGAGCUGGAUUGCUGCUGUCAACGAAUGGCACACCAGGGCCCGUUGGAGACCACCAUCGCAGCGGAGCUAUUCCACUAUGAAGACCAUUGUGGCCUACUCGGAAGGCAAACAGGCGGAGAUGGAUCGACCUUCGCCUGUUACAUGUGAUCGUUUACCGGCAUAUCCGAAAGUCCCAAAAACAAAUCGCACGUGGUCUCCCCUUGCUGAAGAAUCACUAUGGCAACAAGUAAGAGGUACAUCGGUGUCAUUAUAUGCUGCGUAUUACGACGAGAGGGCGCCACAACACUAUAUACGCAUUCUCGCCAUUUUCCACGGUCGGGAUGUAUCUUCACUGGAAGAAAUGUUUUGCCAAACGCGUCCUUAUGGUGGAAAUGAACAUUUAGUUGAAGUCGUUGCAGCAAAAGCAUUAGAAAUUUGGUGGCAUGACUGGGACAAAAGCUCAUCAGAAGUCGACACGCCUCUUUUACUAUCGUGCCCUGUACGGGAGCCAAUAAAUGAGAACUCUAUUGUGUCUGUGGUUACGGAACCUUGUGAAGAUCCCUCAAAUGGAUUUAAUAUCAAGCCAAACGGAAAUGUAAAAUACAUCCGAUCAUUCACUGUUUGUGUCAAAGAUAUGAAUUUUCGAGAGGAUGUGUCCCACAGUUUAACCGAGUGGAUUGAAACAAACAAGAUUUUGGGUGCCGAUUUGGUGGACAUUUAUGUAGAUAGUGUAAAUAAAAAUACUGAAACUGUAUUAUUACGUUAUCAAUCUGCAGGAUUCGUGAGAUUAUUUCAAGUUCCUAUUAAAAAUACAAUUCAACGGACGCUGUGGCAAAGAAGACGCGAUCACAUAAUAACUUAUAAUGAUUGCCUCUAUAGAAAUAUAAUAGAAUCAAAAUUUAUUAUACCUUUGGAUAUUGAUGAAAUACUGCUACCUAAAAUAGCAUAUACUUGGCACGGAUUGUUGAAAAGACUCCCUUUUUUGGGCUGGGAUCCAUAUCAGCAUUCCGCUAUUUUAGUGAAAAAUGUGUUCUUUUUCGAUUUCAUGCAAGACUUGUACAAAAAUAAAGCAAUUAGUAUUACUAGAAAUAAUAAUAAAAUAUAUGUGAAACGAGAUGAUGUCCGAAUAGACGAUCCUAAUAACUUUAAUGUGAAUGAAAUAGAAUUAGAAGACGGUACUAAUAGUUUAAGCAAAGAGAAUAAAAAUGAUUAUAUUGCUAUAAAUGCAUAUGAUAGUGGAUGUUUAAAAGCAAUACCAUUGCCAAAAAUAGCACGAAGUAUAAUUAGUUCAGCUACAAUAAGUCCUUUAGGCCACUACAGUAAGAGUUUUAUGCUUACGAAGAGGGUUCUAACAGCAUUUAAUCACUAUCCCUUAGCCAGUAUUGGAGCAACUGGUUUUACAGGAUGGGCGGCGCCUUUGACAGAAGUUCAACUCAAUCAUUAUAAGGAAUCAUGCAACGAAACAAUCAUAGCAGAAUGUUGGCAGUAUGUGAAACGCACGAAAGUUGACCGCUCCGCGCUGCGCCUGAAAAGACGACUCACACGCGCUGUUGCAGAUGCUCUUUGCAAAUAAUAAUUUCCUUCCAAAAUAAAAGCGUUUUAUAU